AAAAAAACCCGGACUGGAGAGGUUGCGGACGCUGCACAGAGUUUUUGGAGACGGGCGCCCCCUCCUCGCCCGCGUCCAGCAGCAAAGUUGCAGCCACCCCUCCCCGCCCGGGCGAAGCCGAGCCCAGCUCUCCAGUUUCGCCCUGGUGGCGGCGGCGCUCAGGGCAGGGUCCCAGCUCCCGCCGGGGCCACGCUUCCCGCAGCCUUGGCACCGGCUCGCCCGCGGGUUCGUGGGCCCCGUGACUCGGGAGGGCGAGCCUCGGCCGGGAGGCGGCGGCGGCGGCGCCACCGACGGAGCGAGUAGCCGGAGGACGCACGGGCGGCGGCAGAGCCAGGUAUUUGAUCCCGAUGACCUCUAUUCCGGGGUCCAUUUCUCCAAGGUUCUGAGCACUCUCUUGGCUGUCAACAAAGCCACAGAAGAUCAGCUCACAGAGAGGCCAUGUGCGCGCUCCUCUUCUCUUAGUGCCGCUACUCCGGCUCAGACUACCCCCCAGGGAGCCGUUUCCAGCACACCUCCCGGGCCACCCGGACACUCCAAGGCAGCGGAGAUGACGGAAAACGGAAGUCAUCAGUUGAUAGUCAAGGCAAGAUUCAACUUCAAGCAGACUAAUGAAGAUGAGCUGUCAGUCUGUAAAGGGGACAUCAUUUAUGUCACUAGAGUUGAAGAAGGAGGCUGGUGGGAAGGCACAUUGAAUGGGCGAACAGGCUGGUUCCCGAGUAAUUAUGUUAGGGAAAUUAAAUCCAGUGAGAGACCACUCUCCCCCAAGGCUGUCAAGGGAUUUGAAACUACUCCACUUACCAAGAAUUAUUAUACUGUGGUGUUACAGAACAUCUUGGACACUGAAAAAGAUUAUGCUAAGGAACUUCAGACACUUCUUGCUACUUACUUAAGACCCCUGCAAGCCAAUAACAAUUUGAAUUCUGUGGAAUAUACAGCUUUACUGGGAAACUUUGAGGAAGUAUGUUCCUUUCAACAGACUCUCUGCCAAACCUUGGAAGAAUGUGCAAAGUUUCCAGAAAACCAACACAAAGUUGGAGGCUGUCUGCUGAACCUCAUGCCUCAUUUUAAGUCAAUGUAUCUGGCUUACUGUGCCAACCACCCUGCAGCUGUAAAUGUACUCACCCAGCACAGUGACGAACUGGAACGGUUUAUGGAAGGUCAAGGUGCGGCCAGUCCAAGCAUUCUUCUCUUAACCACCAGCCUCAGCAAACCUUUCAUGCGACUGGAAAAGUACGUUACACUCUUACAGGAGUUGGAAAGACACAUGGAGGAAAUGCAUCCAGACCAUCAAGAUAUUCUGAAAGCAAUCGUAGCAUUCAAAAAUCUCAUGGGAGAGUGCCAAGAUCUAAGAAAAAGAAAGCAGCUGGAGUUGCAGAUACUUUCGGAACCAAUUCAGGCAUGGGAAGGGGAGGAUAUUAAAACCCUGGGAAAUGUCAUCUUUAUGUCACAAGUAUUGGUGCAGUUCGGAACAAAUGAGGAGAAAGAGGAACGCUACCUUAUGUUAUUUCCAACUCUCUUGGUAAUGUUAUCUGCAAGUCCUCGGAUGAGCGGCUUUAUCUACCAGGGAAAAAUGCCAAUCACAGGAAUGACGGUGACCAGAUUAGAUGAAAUUGAAGGGAAUGACUGCACAUUUGAAAUCACAGGUAACGUAGUGGAGAGGAUUGUGGUCCAUUGCAACAACAACCAGGAUUUUCAGGAGUGGUUGGAGCAACUCCAAAGACUCAUCAGAGGACCACCCUCUAACACUUCAUUAACUAAGUCAUCAUCAUCAUCUUGUAGUACCCACUCCUCUUUUAGCUCCACUGGACAGCCCCGAGGACCCUUGGAGCCUCCUCAAAUUAUAAAACCAUGGAGUUUAAGUUGUCUGCGACCUGCUCCACCACUUAGACCAUCAGCAGCACUAGGUUAUAAAGAGAGGAUGUCUUAUAUCUUAAAGGAGUCGAGUAAAAGCCCCAAAACAAUGAAGAAGUUUCUCCACAAGAGAAAGACCGAAAGAAAGCCAUCCGAAGAGGAAUAUGUGAUUCGGAAAAGUACUGCUGCUCUGGAGGAGGAUGCUCAGAUUCUGAAAGUCAUCGAAGCCUAUUGUACCAGCACAAAUUUGCAGCCAGGCCACGGCGCAACAGCGACCCGCAAAGAUUCAAUUCCACAAGUCUUACUCCCUGAGGAAGAAAAAAUCAUCAUCGAAGAAACCAGAAGCAAUGGCCAGACCAUCAUUGAGGAAAAGAGCCUUGUUGAUACUGUUUACGCCUUGAAGGAUGAGGUCAAAGAACUGAAACAGGAGAAUAAGAGAAUGAAGCAGUGCCUGGAAGAAGAACUGAAAUCAAGAAAGGACCUAGAGAAACUGGUUCGGAGGCUGUUGAAGCAAACUGAUGAGUGUGGUCGUUCUGAAUCUGGUGGCAAGACCUCCAUUAUUCCAUAACCAUCACUGUGCUCCGAGACGGAGUGUCUUCAGGUCAUAAUGAAAUGUCCAGCUGAUUGAUUUGACUCAGUUUGCUCACUUCUUUGGUUCUUCUCUUCUUGCGCGUGCUCUCUCUCUCACACACAGUUUGCUUGAGUAUUGUUGAUUAGUUAUUGGUUGGUUUUCCCCAGGGGUAAAAGCAAGCAGUGUUGGUAGAAGUUGUCCAACAGACUAUUUCGUCCAAUGAGGAAAGGAAAGUGAAUGCAGGCAAAUGGCUUUGAUGGUCUUCCCACGGGCCUUUAAUUCACAGUGCCUUUGCCACAGCCAUUCCUCUGGUCACUCUUGUUAGACUGGCUGCUCUUCCAAAGCAGCUGGCCAUGGCUGAUUAAAUGUGAAUUUGACUUUUCCCCGACCUUUUUCUGUACCUAGAAGUCCCUCAGUACCUAAUGUACUGAAGGCGAUCUUUUUUUGAGCUAUGACUAGAGUAGCAUGAAAGGCAAAUUCUUUUGCCCGAUAUUCCUGCUGCCCUUCCCUAGACCACCACAUGCCAUCCCUCAGUGACACCUUUUACAAAAUCACUGCCUUGUGUUGUCUUUAAGACCAAGAAAGCAGUAGCACCCUCAUUCCUUUUGUGUCAAUUUCCAUUUUACUCCGUGGGGCAGAAGCUCUGGCAUUCCAUAUGGACACCAAACCCACGAGCAAAUUGCACUGACACCUCCGUCUUGGGCAGCAGAGAUGACCACAUGUUCUCAGUGCAUGAUGAGCUCUUUCCCUCACCUUCUCCCUCACGUGUAAGUGUUCUGCUUCCCCAGUGCUUUAAGCCAACCAUACCAAGCAGUGUGUAAACUAGUAAGCGUGUGCUUGGCUGACUCUUAAAAAUAUAGACUGAGCAGUUACUUUAUUUAUACCGAUUAUUCAAAUUGUGACUAUUCCUUCAGAGCACUCUGCAUUGGGAAGGCACGGCUGUCCACAGCCUCCUGAUUCUCCUGGCCACUCUCCCUUGCGUGUGGUAAGCAGCCUUUCUGCAUUCCAUGCAGAAGUGAGCUGUCCAAUUUGUAUACCCAGAUAGAAAGAGUGCCCUGAUAGCGGUGUGCCCUUUACUAGUUAAGGGUGACUACCAGAAUGGAUCUUACUCGAGUCACUCAUCCAAUCAAACCCUCACCUUUGUAUUUCAGAAAUUACAACUGUGAAAAUGUAGGUUUAGGAGAGUUCCUGAAGGGCGUAACACACCUAAAUUUGGCAAGUUGAAAGUUAGCCCAAAGCAUUGCAAGCCAUCCCUUUCUGAAGAACAGAUAAGAUUUGGCCGGCAGAUCAUUUCCCUCAAAAGAGAGGAAAAGGGCCAAUGGACUUCAUGAAGUUGUCUUCAGAUACGUUUGCUGAGUGCCUGUAAAUACAGAUUUUUUUGCAGGUGUUUUAGAAACCAAACUUAGAGUUUGAAACUCCCAGCUUGCUGAGAAGCCCUUUUUUUCUUUCUAGUUCUGGGGUUCUUAAGUUCCUGUAGAUACAUGGUACGGGGCUGUUGACUGCUUCAUGCAUGGCAGAAGUGACACCAUCCACAUGAAAUGGACUAUUCGAGCAGUUCACCAGCAGCCCAACCCCCUUCGGCGGUGUGUGGAAGCUGGGGAGUGAAGAGUUGAGGAUUGGCUGCUGUGCUGUUUAGAAGCACAGCCUCAGAUAUGCCAUCCUUCACUUACAAAUUUAUAAACUACACAGAUUGUAGCCUCUGCCCUAUCUGUGGUUAGUCAGUAGCUUGCUAUCUGUGCAGACUAUAUUCCUAGACAUCAUUUUUAUGAUGAUAAAAUACUUUAGUUGAUAAGGUAUAGGAUUGCUUAUAAUAUUGAAAGGCCUUUUUCUUUUCAAAUGGCGUGUACAUAUGCAUGUUUUGGGAACUUGACCCACCAGAUGAGAGGCCCCCUGAUUCUCUGGGUAAACAAGCUUGUGCAAAGUGGCAUUCACGCUCACACACUAAACAAUAAUAUUAAGGAAACGAAGCCAUGUUAACCUAAGAGCAGCGUCUCCAUAGUUGUGUUGUUUACAAUCCUCUGUCAGUGGGUUCCUCUGCCCUUAGCGGACCGUGAGUUCUUCUUCUGUCAUGUCCCUUCUUAACACGAGCUCAAAUUUUCUAACUUGUUUUUAUUUUGAAGACUUUUAAAAUGGACAUUUUCAAUAAAUAAAAAAAUAAAUGCUUU